AGCAGGAGGAAUCUCGCGGGGACUCUCUGGCCGCACGCCGACCGCUUCUCGGUGGCUCCCGGAGGACCCGGUGGGCUGUGUUUUGGAGUCAGGGUUUCACAAAGUUGCCCAGCCUGGAUUCAGCCUCUCUGCCUCAGCCUCCCAAGUAGCUGGGAUUACAGUCUUUCAACGUUCUGCUAUUUUAAAAUUGUGACCUUAGAGGCUGGAGCAGGAGCUGACCACAAGCCAGGGGUCUAGAAGUGCUCGGACAGGGCUAAGGCCAUCAUGGCCCCACCGCCACUACUGCCAUCGGCUUCCAGCACUCCAAUCCUGCACGGCGAGUUCGGUUCCUACCCGGCCCAUGGCCCGCGCUUUGCCCUCACCCUCACCCCGCAAGCCCUGCACAUACAGCGCCUGCGCCCAAAGCCAGAAGCCCGGCCCCGAGAUGGCCUGGUCCCUCUGGCAGAGGUCUCAGGCUGUGGCACUCUGCAGAGCCGCAGCCCCGCAGACAGGGCAGCCUACCUGUGUGUCUACACCUACCCUCGGGGCCGGCGCGGGGGUCGGCACAGAGCUACUCGGACCUUCCGGGCCGACGGGGCCGCCACCUAUGAGGAGAACCGUGCAGAGGCUCAGCGCUGGGCAACGGCCCUCAUGUGUCUCCUCCGAGGAGUGCCUCUGUCCGGGGACCAGGAAAUCACCCCUGAGCUACUGCCCCGGAGGCCCAGGCUGCUCAUAUUGGUUAAUCCCUUUGGGGGGCGGGGCCUGGCCUGGCAGCGCUGUAUGGACCACGUGGUGCCCAUGAUCUCCGAAGCUGGGCUGUCCUUUAACCUCAUACAGACAGAACGACAGAACCAUGCCCGUGAGCUGGUGCAGGGGUUGAGCCUGAGUGAGUGGGAAGGCAUUGUCACUGUCUCCGGAGACGGGCUGCUUUAUGAGGUGCUGAACGGGCUCCUUGAUCGCCCAGACUGGAAAGAUGCCGUGCGGAUGCCCAUUGGGGUCCUCCCCUGCGGUUCCGGCAAUGCACUGGCUGGGGCGGUUAACCACCGUGGCGGGUUUGAGCCGGCUGUCGGUGUUGACCUGCUGCUCAACUGCUCCCUGCUUCUCUGCCGCGGUGGCAGCCAUCCUCUGGACCUGCUCUCCGUCACGCUGGCCUCGGGAUCCCGCUGUUUUUCCUUCCUGUCAGUGGCCUGGGGAUUCUUGUCGGAUGUGGACAUCCACAGCGAGCGUUUCAGGGCCCUGGGUAGCGCUCGAUUCACCCUGGGGGCGGUGCUCGGCCUGGCCACCCUGCAUACCUAUCGCGGACGCCUCUCCUACCUCCCCGCCACCACAGAGCCAGCCGUGCCCAUCCCAGGCCACAGCCUGCCUCGAGCCAAGUCGGAACUAGCCUUGGCCCCAGCCCCGGCCCCGGCCGUCACCCACUCUCCCCUACACCGUUCAGUGUCUGACCUGCCCCUGCCUCUGCCCCAGCCUGCCUUGGCCUCCCCUGGCUCCCCUGAACCCCUACCUGGCCUUUCCCUCAAUGGGAGUGGCCCAGAGCUGACUGGGGACUGGGGGGGAGCUGGGGAUGCACCUCUGUCCCCAGACCCACUGCUGCCCUCGCCCCCCAACUCUCCCAAAACAGCUCAGCUUUCACCCAUCACCGAAGGGCCCCCGGAAAUGCCAGCAUCCUCGGGGUUCCCACCUCCCACCUCCAGUGCUCCAAAAGUCUCUGCCUGGGGCCCAACAGACCACCUUCUUCCCCCCCUCGGCUCUCCACUGCCCCCAAACUGGGUGACGAUAGAGGGGGAGUUUGUGCUCAUGUUGGCCAUCUUGCCCAGCCACCUCAGUGCAGACCUGGUGGCCGCCCCACACGCCCGACUUGACGACGGCGUGGUGCACCUGUGCUGGGUGCGCAGCGGCAUCUCCCGGGCCGCGCUGCUCCGCAUUCUGCUGGCCAUGGAGCACGGGAACCACUUCAGCUUGGGCUGCCCGUACCUGGGCUACGCUGCAGCUCAUGCCUUCCGCCUCGAGCCGCUCACGCCUCGGGGCGUGCUCACUGUGGACGGGGAGUUAGUGGAGUACGGGCCCUUGCAGGCGCAGGUGCAUCCCAGUCUCGCCACUCUGCUCACUGGGCCUGCGGGCCAAAAGCCGUAACCUCAAGGAGCCUGAAACACGCCGUGGCGGGACUAGAGCGCCAUAGGCUCUGGCCUGGCUUUAUAGGUAGAGGGAUUCAGAAUAGCGAGAGUGGCGAUUGGGUCUGACCGAGCGGAGGGUGGGGCCUUGCCUUCCUCGCUGUCCAAUGACGGGGCCUGGAAUGUACGAGCUAGCAAGGCCUCAGCUCAUUGGCCAGCCAGGGUUUCUUCGUGCUUACUCCGGUGCCUCCACUUGACUGGCCAAUCAGCCCUUGAGGGGCAGGUUCCCCCAGGCGGUCCCCAGGAUUUGCACUACAGGCCCGCCCCUUGCCGGUGAGGGGUGGGUAAAUUCACUUCUCAUGUUCUGUCUUGUGUGUCCCUGGUCUAAAAAGCAACGGAAAAGGUCUAUGCAAUAAAGGCGUCGCUUUCUUCUUC